AUGGUCCAAUCGGUGGUUCACCAAAAAUACAAGCUGGGGGUAGUUUCAGGCGGGAAAGUGGUGUUUCCUAGGGCCGAAAAUAGGUCUUGCAGCGGUAAAACAGUUACGCUUCUAACACACGACCAGACCGCUGUGAUUGUUCCCUUCAAUAACCAACUAAAAGUCUAUUCACUAGAGACCCGGCAGUGCGUCAAGACUUUGAAAUAUGCGAACAACGAGCAGCUUACAAAGCUGUUUUUGGCGCAAGGAAGUGCUCAAGUGAGCCACAUCGCAUUGGGCGAUGUCACACGGCAAGAUAGCGCUGAAGAGACCAAAGAGCGCGAAGUCAGCGUUUUCUCAUCCUGUGGUCAUGUCGCAGUGCUCAAUUACAAGGGCAGACUUGUGGAAGAGCCAAAGAUUCUGAACUUGGGCGCAAACUUCCAGCCUGGAGAGACUGUAAUUAAAGUUUUUCAAGACCCCGAACAUAAUGAACUAAAAGUCCUUACGUCGCUUCAAGAGUCCUCGGCUUCUUACACGUACCGACUGUUCGACUAUAGGCGUUCGGAACAAGCGCUUGUAGAAUGUCAAACUUUCCAGCACGUUUUGUUGUCAGCAUGGUCUGCCAACGACAGGUACCUAUGCGUUCUGGUUAGAGAUCUAAACUCAAAAAGAAAUCUGCAUAUUCAACCGCUUUUCUCGGAAAGUGACAACGAGGUCCAAACAUUCCCAUUACCCUCAACAACAUCAGCAUCUACUACUUCAACUAACUCACACUUCGCCACUUCUAUGGCAUUGGACAAUGAUUGUUCGCAGCUGGCCAUUGGAUUUGCAUCUGGUGUUAUCAACCUCAUUAACCUACAAGAUAAAUCUAGUCGACUGCUCAAAUGGCAUAUUGACUCGGUCUUAUCGUUGUGCUUCACAUCGGACAGCUCAUAUUUGUUGUCUGGUGGCUGGGAAAAGGUGUUGAGUUUCUGGCAAUUGUCUACCAACCUGCAGCAAUUUCUCCCUCGUUUAAGCGGCGUUGUCGUCGAUUGCAGUGUUAUUAAUGAUAAAUUUUACUCCUUGGGUUUGCAAGUUACAGACAACCACACCAAUUCGGAUUAUCAACUACUGUUGUUGAACUCAACUGAUUUAAAUUCUAGAGUGUCUGUUAGUGGUCCACUUUGCGUUUAUCAAACUCCAGUCAAAGACGUGGUUUUCCCAGUUUCAGCAGUCUCAUCCAGAUCAUCUGCAUCAUCGUCGGACAUGAAUAAGUCUACCAAAAAACAGCAAAGAAAAUUAUUGAAGCGCAAGAGACAAGAUUUUAGUUCUUGCUUAGAGAUUCAACCCAACACAAAGCAUUUGUAUUUCCCCCACACCUCGGCGAUUCAAGCCUAUGAUUUUUACAAAAAUGAGCAAGUCUCCUAUCAAUAUCUAGCAUCUGGUGUUAACAAUUCUAUGGGUAAAGUAAGGUCUGAAUUGAAUUUGAAGGAUCCGAUAAUAGCUGAUGUUAAGUUUACCAAAGACGGUAAGUGGAUGAUUUCGUAUGAGAUCGAGUACCCACCAGAUAACUUGUUAUCUUCAAACGAUCUGUCGCAUACUUUAAAGUUUUGGCGCAUGUCUGAAAAUGGACAAUGGGUAUUGGAAACGAAGGUACUCAGUCCACAUGGUGUCAAAGCGCCAGUCAGUAGCAUUUUGGUCGCACCAAGAUCUGUUAAUAACUCUCAGGGUUGUUUGACCGCUGAUAAUAAUGGCGGUAUCAAAUACUGGUCCUUUGACGAAACUACUAAUAAUUGGCGCUUGUCAAAAGUUGGAAUACCCAACAACAAUCAUUUCAGUAACUCUGUGGAAUUGGCUUGGUCUUUUGACGGAAGUUUGAUUUUUCAUGCAUUUGAUGACAAAAUUACUGUGUUAGAUUUCAAUGCCUUCAAAAAAUUCCACGAGGGCUCAGAAAAAGCUUUCAACGAACUCACUAUGGAUUCUGCAGUUCAAUCGAUCAUGCUGGUUAAUGAUUCUAACCUCAUAGUCGCAACUCAGACAACUCUGAAUUCUGUGAACUUGCUUUUAGGCCAAGUUGAAAGCUCGUUUGACAUGUUCCCAUAUGUCAAUGGCAUUUACAAGAACGGCCAUUUAGCAAGAAUGAUGAGCUGCGACGAAAAAAAUGGCCGUGUCGCUCUUGUUAUAAAUCAACAAGCGCUCGACAAGAACAAGCUACCCACUCUGAAUCACACGUCCCAUGUUCUUAUUUUCAAUGCGGACUUGUCGCAAAGACUAGGCAAUUUUGAGCACGACGAAUAUAUUUCCUGUAUCAGAUGGAACCAUGACACAGAUUUCAUUUUCUUGGAUAUCAAAAAUAGAUUGGGUGCUGUUAGCACCACUACUAGCCCUGAAAUGUUGGAUGAAGUUGACAGAGAUGCUGUCAUGGAUCAGUUGUCUCCAAAUCAGUUCGAGUCUGAACUACAAAAAUUGACCACUUCUCAUAGAAGCGAUGGGAGAAAGGCUGAUGAAGUUGAGGAUGUCGACGAGGACUCAGUGUUUGAGUUCAUUAACGGCGAAAGAUCUCAAAAAGUGAUCAACAUGAACAGUUUUACGAGCAUGUUCGAAAACAUAGAAAAUGCUCAAAUGGACACACUAUUUGAUAGAGUAUUAAAAGUAAUUUCAUAA